AUGAAGCCGCUGUCGACCAUCGCCGCCUCCUUGCUGCCGGCAGUCGUCCAGGCCAAGGCCGUCGGGCCCGCCGACUACGAGCCCGAGUCCGAGGCCACGGCCCAGCUGGCCUACUCGCCUCCCCACUACCCGUCGCCAUGGAUGGACCCCUCCGCUCCCGGCUGGGAGGAGGCCUAUGUCCAGGCCCGGGACUUUGUGUCUCAGUUGACCCUGGUGGAAAAGGUCAACCUCACCACCGGCAUCGGUUGGAUGGGAGGCAGCUGCGUCGGUAACACGGGCUCUGUCCCUCGCAUGGGCCUGCACGGCCUCUGCCUACAGGACGGCCCCCUGGGUCUCCGGUUUUCCGACUACAACAGCGCCUUUCCCGUCGGCCUCACCUCCGGCGCCACUUGGAGCAGGCACCUGUGGGCCGCCCGUGGCAAGGCCAUGGGCGCCGAGGCCAGGGGCAAGGGUGUCGACGUCCUCCUCGGCCCCGUAGCCGGCCCUCUCGGCCGUGUCCCGACCGGAGGCCGCAACGCCGAAGGCUUCGGAUCCGAUCCCUAUCUCCAGGGCCAGGGACUGGCACACACAUCCGGGGGCAUCCAAAAGGCCGGCGUCAUUGCUUGUGCCAAGCACUACAUUGCCAACGAGCAGGAGCACUUUCGACAGACUGGUGAGUCCCAGGGCGAGGGCUUCAACAUCUCCGAGGCACUGUCCUCCAACGUCGACGACAAGACGUUGCACGAGCUGUACGCAUGGCCCUUUGUCGACGCCAUCAACAACUCGUACGGCUGCCAGAAUUCCAGGCUCCUCAACGCCGUCCUCAAGGGCGAGAUGGGCUUCCAGGGCUUCGUUAUGAGCGACUGGCAGGCUCAACACUCGGGUGCCGCCUCCGCUGUCGCCGGCCUCGACAUGACCAUGCCCGGAGACACCCUCUUCAACUCGGGCCGCAGCUACUGGGGCGGCAAUCUGACGCUGGCCGUCCUCAACGGCACCGUUCCCGCCUGGCGCCUCGAUGACAUGGCCAUGCGCAUCAUGGCCGCCUACUUCAAGGUCGGCAAGACGGUCGAAAACCAGAUAGAAACAAACUUCAACUCGUGGACCCGCGACUCGUACGGCUACGCCGACCAGGCCGCCAAGGACAACUGGCAGCUCAUCAACCAGCAGGUCGACGUCCGCGCCAACCACGCCGCCCACAUCCGCGAGUCGGCCGCCAAGGGCACCGUCGUCCUCAAGAACACGGGCGCCCUGCCGCUGCACAAGCCCAAGUUCGUCGCUGCCAUCGGCGAGGACGCCGGCCCCAACCCCAAGGGCCCCAACGGCUGCCCCGACCGCGGCUGCGACGACGGCACCCUCGCCAUGAUCUGGGGCUCCGGCACUUCCAACUUCCCCUAUCUCGUCACCCCCGACACCGCUCUCCAGAACCAGGCCAUCCAGGACGGCUCCCGCUACGAGAGCGUCCUGACCAACUACGCCUGGGACCAGACCAGGGCCCUCGUCACCCAGCCCAACGUGACCGCCAUCGUCUUCGCCAACGCCGCCUCCGGCGAGGGCUACAUCAACGUGGGUGGCAACACCGGCGACCGCAACAACCUCACCCUGUGGAAGAAUGGUGACGACCUCAUCAAGAAUGUCUCUGCCGUCAACCCCAACACCAUUGUCGUCAUCCACAGCGUCGGCCCCGUCCUCGUCACCGAUUGGUAUCGCAACCCCAACAUCACGGCCAUUGUCUGGGCCGGCCAGCCUGGCCAGGAGUCUGGCAACUCCCUCGUCGACAUCCUCUACGGCAAGACCAGCCCCGGACGAUCCCCCUUCACCUGGGGCCCGACCGCCGAGAGCUACGGAACCGAGGUGCUGUAUAAGCCCAACAACGGCAACGACGCGCCGCAGCAGGACUUUUCCGAGGGCGUCUUCAUCGACUACCGUCACUUCGACAAGAUGGCCCCCGGCAAGCCCGGCACCAAGGGCGCCCCCAUCUAUGAAUUCGGAUUCGGCCUGUCGUGGUCAACCUUCGAAUACUCGGACCUCCGCGUCAAGAAGCACAAUGUGCAGGAGUACCGGCCUACUGAUGGCGAGACGGAGCCUGCGCCCGUGCUGGGCGAGAACAGCCUAAACCUGAACGACUACGCCGCCCCCCCGUACAUCCGAUACGUUUACCAGUGGAUCUAUCCCUGGCUCAACACGACGUCGUCGGGCGAAGAGGCAUCGCGCGAUGCAGACUACGGUCAAACGGCCGAGCAGUUUCUCCCGCCCGGUGCGACCGACGGCUCACCCCAGGCCAAGCUGCCCUCGUCUGGCCCGUCUGGCGGCAACCAGCGCCUCUGGGACGUCAUGUAUACAGUAUACGUCAGCCUAGGUGGCGACUACGAGCCCGUACGCGUGCUUCGUGGCUUCGAGCGCUUGGAGGGCAUCGCCCCUGGCCAGAGCGUCAAGUUCCGCACCGAGCUGACGCGGCGCGACCUGAGCAACUGGGACGUCGCCGCCCAGGACUGGGUCAUCACGGAGGAGCCCAAGAGCGUUUGGGUGGGUAGCAGCUCGCGCAAGCUGCCACUCCAUGCGGAUCUGUGCUAA